GAAGUUGGGGGUGAGUGGUGGUCAGUACUUUCUCAAACAAAACAUGAAAUAGGAUAACAAAAUCCUCCAAAUCCAGUGACCACCAUGCCCUUAACUAUCAAGCUCACUUGGGCUCCCUCCACAAAUCCCACAUCGCAUCUCCUCCCCUCAAAACUCCUCACCCCAUCUGAAUCCUCCUCUGCAAUCUUCUUCCCCCGAGCUUCUACUCCUUCCCCACCUCAUCGACCUCUCAUAGCAAAAUGCACGACUGGUGGCGCUGCCGGAGAGGGCGGCGGCUUGAAGAAGGCACUGAGUGGCAUUGUGGGAGAGCAAGUGGAGGAGCUCUUGAAAAGAGAAGAGAACAGGGAGUUGCUCGAUGGGUUGGAAAAGGCGUCUCAGAGAGUUGAGAUUGCUAAGAGAGAGCUGGCUGAGAUUGAAAGGCAGGAACUUGAGGCCAAGCUUGUGAGGGAUUACAUUGCUCAACUAGAAAGCAGAGCUUCUGAGAUUGCAGAAUGUCAAAAGGAGAUAUCAGAAGCAAAAUCCAUGGUUGAAGAAGCUGAACGUGCCCUCUCACAAGACGGAGAUCAACUCGGCGGCGGAUAUUCUUUUGCAGCGACCGAAAAUAAGGAAAUCGACAAGGAUAAAGAGAGAUGGCAAUCCAUAAAAGCAGCCUCAGUUUCCGCCCUAGUCGGCACUGUUGCUGCAUUACCCUUCUCCUUCACUCAGGUGGCAAGCAUUUCUGAGCUGAUCCUCCCUCUGGGAGUCACCUUCGCCAGCUGUGCUCUAUUCGGAGUCACCUUCCGAUACACAAUACGAAGAGACUUGGACGAUGCUCAUCUCAAGACCGGAGCGCCUGCAGCAUUCGGAGUUGUCAAAGGGCUUGCUACACUGGAUGGCGGACAGCCUUUGGAACUGAAUGCCGGUAGCUUCUUUUCACAUGCUUUUGAUGGCGCGAUUUACGUGUCUCAGAGUCUUUUUAUUUUUCUUUCUGCUGCUGUUGCUCUGGAUUAUUGUUUUAAGACAGGGCUAUUGAGUCCUUUUCCUAUCAAGAACUCUCUAUCAGGAUCCAAUUAACCAAAAGAUGUUCAUACGUGCGAGAAAUAAGAUAUUUUGAGCUUUA